AUGGCAAGAUCGGCGUUUGUUCCGAUGGAGGAGAAAGAGCAAGGUGCUGCCGGAAGAGCGGGAGCGGGCGUCAAUAAGGAGCAGGUGGAGCAGCAGGAGGUGCUGCUGGUGCACAGCCAGGUGCGGCGGAUCAAGGAGGAGGACGAGGCCAGGGAGCGCCUCCUGAAGCUGCGCCUGCUGGAGACCAGGCCCGCCGCCGCCGGCGGGGUGGCGUGGCGAGCCCCGCGCUCUCUCUCGCCGCUCCGCCGUGCCGGGAGCGCCAUCCCGGUCCCGGUGGCGGAGUAG